AUGUCUAUUGUCAACACUCUUUCCGGGGCUCCUUUACCCGAAGUCAGUUUACCCGGGAACUGUCUGAGGCCGGGGAAAGAAGAUGUUUGCCGCGUGGAUGUGGAACAAGUAAAUGCGUUUGAAUUUACAAGAGUAUCGGAUGUCGGUCUGAGGAGUAUCCAGCGUGAAACAGAGGUAGACGCAAAGUUACAGCGCCUUAAAGAGAUAGUGUUGCGGCGAUGGCCUGAAACCAAACCAGAGGCAGAUUAGAGCGUUGCUGAGUAUUGCACGUUCCGUCAUGAAAUAAGUAUCUAUAAAGGGGUGUUGAACAAGGGAGAUAUAGGGUUAUCGUCCCCACUGUUCCCCGCAAGUAGCUGCUGUCUCGCAUACAUGAUAGUCAUCAAGGGGAGCAAGCAUGUUUUCGUCGUGCAAGGGAUGCUCCUUUUAGGCCUGGCAUGAGCCAACGUUAAAGAUCUGAUGAACAAGUUAAAGAUCCGAUGAGCAGCUGCAUGUAGUCUUUGUGAAAAUUUUGAGCCAGCACAAGCCAAAGACCCCUGAUGAUGCCAGAGCUUCCAAAGCGCCCGUGGAGUGUCAUUGCGCAGGAUAUUUACAGUCUAGACGAAAAAGACUUCCUUAUAACAGUUGAAGCUUCCAGCGAAUUCUGGAAAAUUGAUGAAUGACAUCAAACUACUGCAGCCGACGUUAUCAGUACUACUAAGCAGCACAUUGCCCGCUAUGGAAUACUUGAUCGAGUUUACAGUGAUAAUGGCCCACAAUUUGACUGCACAGAAUAUGCAUCAUUCUUUCGCCGAUGAUUGGCAGACAGCAUUUUUCAUCCUCUCCAUAUCUCAAGCAAUCCAACAGGCUUGUACAGGCAGCAGUGACAUCUGCGAAAACCCUACAGAAGAAGGCACAAAGAACUGGACGAGAUAUGUGGAUGUGCUUCCUGGAUUAUAG